CUCGUCCUCCUCCGUCUUCCACCCCCUCCCUCUCUCUCUCUCUCUCUAAUGCCCGGGAGUCCGGCAGUCUCUCAGGAAUCUUAGUCAUUGCUGUGACACCAAAUACGUGUUGCUUCUUCAUAAAGAAUUGGUUUGCUUUAGAAGUAAGCUACCACUCUCUCUUUCUUCUUUAUCUCGCCUCCCAUUUAUACAACUUGCCGCAGGCAUUAAAAAGGUUCGUAGCUUCCAACGCUGGAGAAGACGCACAGCUCUUUGAUCUCUCUACGCCACCAAACAAUCCCACAUUUAAAGCACACGAAUUAACGUCAGCUGCAGCUGCAGGAAAGGACAGGGAUCAGCGGCGAUUCCACGCUCUGUAGGCCAAUUUAUUAUCUCAUCCCAAAUCCGACAUGCCCUCAGCUUCUGUUCGCUCUCCCAACCCUGGUUCUGUGCUCUGCCAAUCCCUGCUGCCCAUUCUUCCUCUUUCCACUCUCCCCCUCUUUCCAUAUCGGUAGUUCUUGCAAUCAAGUAGCAUGGGAGAGCGCUUGAACUGCGCACAGGGAGUGAAUAUGGUUAACGGGAGAAACCAGCAGCAGGAGAAACCGACGCAUGAGGCGACGGCCGCAGCGGCGCUUAGAUGCCCGCGCUGCGACUCCGCCAACACCAAGUUCUGCUACUACAAUAACUACAGCAAGCUGCAGCCGCGGCACUACUGCCGGGCUUGUCGCAGGCAUUGGACCGAAGGCGGCACGCUCCGCAACGUGCCCGUCGGCGGCAGCCGCAAGAAGAAGCGCCCCCGGACCGCUCGAACCGCAGCCGAUGGUACAGCAGACGAUCACGGAAACGGAAGCGCCAUCAGCAGCAACUACAAGAUACCAGAGUCGGAGGACAGCCAUAGCAGCAGCGGUUUCACCGACACAUCCGACCAGGUGAUCCUCCCUCGGCCAACACCGUCGUUGCCAACAUCACAGCACGAGGACAGUCAUGGCACUGGCGAAAUAAGCAUGGUGGAGUCAUGGGCGAUGUCCGAUCCUCCAGUCCCGACGGAGUAUCAUGGCGCUGCUCCUGAAGAGCCGGACAUCUUGGGCUCUUAUCACGAGACCGGCCACCUCUUCUCUUCAUUCUCUUCGCCAUCCUGUUCAUCUUCCUUGUACGAUUACGCAGGGCAGUACUCCUUUCCUGCUGAUGAAGGCCUCUUUGCAAUGGAGAUCUCGACAACGAACCCACCGGCGAGCAACCUGAGCCACUGGGACGACAUCAUCGACCUCGUCAACCUCGAACUCAAGCCGCCAGCAUCCGACCGCGUCGAUCACACUUUGAGUUACUGAGGUAUUUGCGGCAUUCCUGCUCCUUGUUAGUGGAUGUUGUUCCCUGGAGGUGGACGGACAAUGAGGAGGACACCAAUGGAUCAUUUGGCUGCAAUGAUCGCUGAGUUGAUCAUUAUGAGCUUCUCCAUCUUUGGCUCACAAUUCCAUUGCUUGGUGGUUGCAGUAGAGACUACCAAGAUGCCAUCUAUGCAGCUGCAGUAAGAAGACAAAACCAUUCCAAAGAUAUGUGUUUUGAGUUCUCGCCCACUUCUUAUAAAUCAUCCGAAUAUUUUCAGUGAGAUUUCUGAGAUUUAUUGGAACAUUUCAAAGCCAAAAGAGUAGGAAUCAUGACGUUGCAUA